AUGGAGGUGAUCCUCCAUGUAUAUGAUGUGACGAAUAGUGCUUCAGACAAGACAAACAAUACAAUUAUGCAGAUCAAUAAGAUCUUCAAAGAUGGUAUUGGCCUUGGUGGCAUCUUCCACAGCGCCGUUCAGGUUUAUGGAGAAGAUGAGUGGUCAUUUGGGUAUUGUGAACAAGGUACUGGAGUCUUUAGCUGCCCAACUGGAAAGAAUCCAAUGUAUAGAUACCGUGAAAGCAUCAAACUUGGAACAACAGCUUUUUCCAUCUUCAAGGUUAAUCAGAUUCUGAGGGAACUUAGUAGAGAGUGGCCUGGACACUCAUAUGAUUUGUUAUCAAAAAAUUGUAAUCAUUUCUGUGACGAAUUCUGUGACAGGCUUGGCGUGCCAAAGCUUCCUGGUUGGGUAAACAGGCUUGCAAAUGCUGGUGAUACUGCUGCAGAAAUAGCAGGAAACACAGCUUAUCGAUUGAGACAAGCUAAAACUGAAAUUGUAGCGGCUAGCAAAAUAGCAUACCGAUUCCUUGCUGGAGUUGCUUCUAACAACUCAAUUGCAACUCCAGGGUCCCCUGUUAACUCUCCUAGAGGAAGUCCCAGAUUCCAAGCUACUUGGUUCAAGAACCUUAUUUCUUCUGGUUCUAAGCCAUCUACUAGUUCAGAACUGGACAAUCGGGAUGAAGAGUUGAUGAGGGAGCGUAAGCAUCAAGGAGCAGAAACUCCAAUAAUGCAGAGUUCACGAUCUGCAAUCUGA